GUCUCCAGCCAGCCAAUCAUGAGUCUCCGCACCGACCAAUCAGAUGACAAGCAGGCUUCUCUUCCUGUUUGGCCGAGGGAUUCAUUAUCGGACCCCUUCCCACGACAUAACCCUGACAGAUACGGACCGGUUUUCACACGUACGCAGUCAAUUGCACGGAAGGAGAACAUGGGAGGGAUCAAACAAGAGCAGAGUGAUGCAUCACAGCAGCCCAGAGCCUCACAUUCAGCGGAUCAGCCACAAGAUGAGCCCAAGAAGAGAGGUUGGCCGAAGGGAAAGAAGAGAAAGAAGGUGCUACCGAACGGUCCCAAGGCGCCAGUAACAGGAUAUGUCCGCUUCCUGAAUGAACGGCGGGAACAUAUGCGGGCCCGAUACCCAGACUUACCUUUUCCAGAAAUCACCAAGAGACUCGGAGCAGAGUGGACACGAUUAGCCCCAAAUGACAAACAGCGCUAUCUGGACGAGGCGGAGCGGGAGAAAAUGCAGUAUGCUCAGGAACUGAAGGAAUAUCAGCAGACGGAGGCCUAUCAGAUCACCAGCGCUAAGAUACAAGACAAAAGGAUCAAGAAAGAAGAUACUCCAUCUGUCAUCAUCAGUAACAGUUCAGGGUCAUCUUUACCAAAGGCUUCUGACCUCUCAAGCAGAUUCGACAUCCCUAUCUUCACAGAGGAGUUCCUUGAUCAGAACAAAGCUCGAGAGGCUGAGUUGCGGCGGCUUCGUAAAGCCAACAUCGAGUUUCAGGAGCAAAAUGCAGUGUUGCAGCGGCACAUUAAGGACAUGUACAAUGCUAAAGAGCGCCUGGAGGCUGAACUGGGGCAGGACGAGAAGCGCACCCAGGCUCUUCAGCAACACUUGCUGGCCAUUAAACACACUCUGGUCAAUAGUCUCUCAUCAGUCCCCCUGCCAGGUACAGGUGAGACAGCCUCUCUUGGGAACCUGGACUCAUACCUGAGUCGUCUCAGUGGAGUGCUGGAGGGAAACCCCCACAAGCACCGUGCUCUGCUCACCCAGCUUUGUGAGGUCCUCUCUCAUCUUGACAGUGAGAAGUUAUGAGGAGACUCCAUCCAGAGACCCUUUCAUUCCUGCAUCAUAGGGACAUAUGACGGGCUCAGUGGUAUUAGGUCAAGUCAGUGCCAUUCAACAACGCAUGUGGCUAUCUCAAGGAUAGUUAAGGCAAGGGUACAAACACUUCAAAACACCACACACAGACUGUCUACAUGGCUCUUCUUUAUGAAUAUGUGUAUUCUGUCGAAUAUGUGUAUUCACGCACAUGAUAUUUUUUGUGAAUGUAAAUCUGUGUGGCAAUGUUGAGGGUUUUUACAGUUCAGGAAUAUCAUUAAAUGUAAUGUAAUUUUACCUUCUCAACUGCCAUAAGUACAUUUGGAUUGACCAUAACUCUGUUGUGUAGCUUUGUAUCAGCAGUUACCUACAGGCCCAUGACCUGUCCAAUAAGACAAGCCUAAUAAUGAGUUUACAUUAAAUGCCAUUUGGCAUGUGGUGGGUGGGUAAUGUGUACGUAGUGCUACUUAGACUGCAUGAAAAAAAAAAAAAAACUGGAAG